GCCCAGCUACCAGUUCAGAGGAAGCAAAAAGGCUGCUGAUGGGGGAAAGAAGAAGUGAAGUGAGAGCCUGGUGUGGUGCGCAGGCCCGGAAUGAAGUGAGCAGGGGAGGGCUGAGGGCGCACACACAUCCAACUUCCCCUUCUCUCUGUGGACAGGACGGUGGUAGCAGCCCAGCAGCUGGACGGCAGCAACCCCACAGGUCUCCUUGGCCUCAUUUUAUGGACGAGAAACCCUGAAGCAUGGAGAAGUGGACUUAUUGCCCAAUGUCACAGCCCAGGGACUGAAUACUGGAGAUGGUUAUCAAAUUUGCAUCUUCCAAAGGCUCUGGCCUGCACUCUGCAUGUUUCCUCAUCUCUCUAGAUAGAGUCUUACUCAUCCGUAGAGCAACUCAGCCACCCAACCAUCUUGGGGAGGCUGCAGUGCACAGCGUGGGGAGAGCACUUGACUUGGAGCCUGGAGCUCUUGGUUUGAGUUCCAGCUUGACCACUGGCCUGCCGUAACCCCAGGCAAACCCCUGUGCGGUUUCCAGUUUCCCCACGAUCAACUGGAACCAUUUUGGACAUCAGGGUGGGAGCCAGUUCUCGGAAGAGACUGGGCACAGGACAUGGAUUGCUGGGGGACCUUUUUCCUCUGCCUGUGCUUCAUGACUUCUCAGAGUGAGACAGUGGAGACAUCCCAAGAAUCCCUGCUCUGGAUGGAGAAACUGGAGGUGAUGGCCAGAAGCCACAACUCGACUUCUCUUGCUGACCAGCAGAGAAAAGCCAGAAAAGGCUUCCUGAAGGAGGUGUCAACAAAGCUGGACCAGAAAGAGAGCCUCAUCCGGGGCCUGGAGUGCAAGCUGUUGAACGCCAGCUUCAGGGGCAGCAACCUGACCUUGCAGACGCCCACCAUCCAGUCACUGAUCUUCAAGCUGGGCUGCAACUUCGCCGGCCUGUCGCUGAGCAGCGCCACCAUGAAGCGGGUCCCCCAGGUCUCACAUGCCAUGCAGUUCCCGGCCGAGCUGACCCAGGACGCCUGCAGGGACCCCUCCAGGGAGCUGCGUCUCAUCUGCAUCUACUUCUUCACGGACUACUUUUUCCAGAAUACCAACUCAUCUCUGCUCAAUAACUAUGUCUUGGGAGCCCAGCUGGGUCACGGACACGUGAGCAACCUCAGUGAGCCCAUCAACAUCAGCUUCUGGCACAACCAAAGCCUGGAAGGCUACACGGUGACCUGUGUUUUCUGGAAGGAAGGAGCCAGCGAACAUUACUGGGGGCUCUGGAGCCCCGAGGGCUGUCGCACGGAGAAGCCCUCACCUUCCCAGGUGCUCUGCCGCUGCAAUCACCUCAGCUACUUUGCUGUUCUCAUGCAACUGUCCCCAGCCCCGGUCCCAGGAGAGUUGCUGGCGCCUCUCACGUACAUCUCCCUGGUGGGCUGUAGCAUCUCCGUCACGGCCUCGCUUCUCAGUAUCCUGCUGCACUGCCAAGCCAGGAAGCAGGGUGACUCCAUAACACGCAUCCACAUGAACCUGCAUGCCUCCGUGCUGCUCCUGAAUGUCGCCUUCCUGCUGAGUCCUGCGCUGGCCAUGCCCCCCGUGUCUGGGGCAGCGUGCACAGCGCUGGCCGCCAUCCUGCACUUUGCCCUGCUCAGCUGCCUCACCUGGAUGGCCAUCGAAGGCUUCAACCUCUACCUCCUCCUUGGGCGCGUCUACAACAUCUACAUCCGCCGAUACUUGCUCAAGCUCUGUGCGGUGGGCUGGGGAGUCCCGGCCCUCCUGGUACUGUUCCUUCUUGCUGUCAAGAACUCAGUGUAUGGACCCCAUGCCAUUCCACUCUCCGACAGCCAGGGAAAUGGCACAGGCUUCCAGAACAUGUCCAUGUUCUCAUGGCCAACAUAGGGAGAAUAGCUGAACGAACCCCUGUAGACCCAUCUUCUGUUUAAACCUCGCAGCGAGGAGGAGGUCCUAUUGUCAGCCUCUGUUUACGGUUAGGGAAACUGAGGCACGGGCAGCUGAAGAACCCCAUCCAAGGAAACCCAGGUGGUCCAUGGCAGAGCUGGGACUUGGCCACAGGCAGGCUGGCUCCAGAGCCUGGCCCCCCCACUGCCCCUCCCAGCCUCCAGGAAGCGAGGCGGGUUGGGGUUCGUUCCUCUCACUGUGGGAGUUGGGCUGCUUUCUCAGAGGAAGUGUGACUUCGGGCUCCCUUAACCAUGUAGUUUUUUUUUUUUCUUUUUCUUUUUUUUUGUGUAGUUUUUAUAUACUGCGUGCCAGGGGCUGGAGGACUGGGCAGGGGCGGGAAGCACAGUGUUGCUGGGCUGUCAGGGAGUACCCCACUCUAAGAACCCACUUCUCAGAGUCUCCCUCCCUCUCCCUCUCCCCCAGGGUUUUGUGACUUUUAUUCUCCUGCAUUUAAAAAGCCCUUAGGACGUCUAUUCGUGUUCCUGAACACAGACAGCACUAACCAAACCCUGGAAAGGAACUCCAAUGCCCACCGGCAGGACAGCGGUUAAUAAAUCACGAUAGAGCCACGCCUGCCGGAUGGUUACGUAGCAGUGAAAAGGAAUGAUCCAUGAGCACACUCAGCCCCUUGGAUAAAUCCCCCAAAUAAUGUUCAAGGCCCCUUGUGGCUGCCGAGGCAGGAGCUCGCGGCGAGGGCCCAAGCAGGGGGCUGUGACAGGGGCACAGGCUCUGGCCUCGGAGCGUGGGGCUUCAAGUCCCACCCUUGCCUCUGACUAGUGUGUGCUCCUAAGCCCGAGCCUCAGUUUCCUCCUCUGCAGGGCGGGAAUGACUAUGCACCUGCCUCGUAGGGUCCUUAUGAGGAGCAAAUGGGCUCAUCCGCGGAAACCAACCAUAUGACCCGGUGCCUGACUGGGUGUCUUGGGGACACAAAGGGCGUGAAGACCUUGGGGAGGGUCUAGGAGCAGGGCUGGGGCCACUGCCAGGCCUCUGCUCUUUCCUCGUCCCUUGGUGGCAUCUUCCUGCUGCUCACUCUCCUCCUCGGUCCGCACCCCUCCACCAAGCCGCCCCGAGGUGCCACAGCUGUUCACUGCUCGGAGCGUAGAGUGUGGGCCCCUUCUAGGUGGGGAGGGGUCCUGGGGUAGGGCGCCCAUUGCACAGAGAUGGUGGUGAGAUGGUGUUGACCUUGCGGUGGGGGAGAAGUUUCCAGGAAAGAGGGCCCCGGGCCAGGGAUCUGAUAGAGUAUUGGACAAGUGGGCAGCUAGGCUGGCCAUGGAAGGGGAGAGAGGCAGGACGGAGAAGGGAGGAGAGGAAGAGUUUUCAGGUGGGUAAAGGCAUGAGAGAGCCCCGUGUGGCCGGAAAGGAGAACAUGGGGGGCUUCAGGCCAGGGUGGCCUGGCUGGAAAGCCGGGCCCAGAACUUCACCACACGUGUGGUCAGACAAGAAACAAUGGGUCUGGGCUGGGAGACGGGACCAGGUUCAGGAGCCCGUCCAUAGGCCCAGAGACCGGGGUCUCCCCACCCACCUCCCUGCCCCCCCACCCCCCGGCCUGGGG